CCGAGGUACGAUGUUACCAUAACCCUUGGAACGAUGUUUUGAGGCGGUGCUAGCGAGGAAUAGGAAGUAGCUACUGAGCUGCGUUUAUAAACAGUGCGACUUUGCGGAUUCUGUUGAAUGUGCAGUUUGCGCCUAAGAAAUUCGGUGGUGGUAGGGUACACCACCAGCAGGGGCACAGGCAGGUGCAUGGUGCGGGAUUCUGCCGGGAUAAAACCGUCCCACAAAGUUUUGAAAGAGGGAGCAUCUCUUGAUCUGAGCCGUCAAGUCCAACUGUUUCCCUACUGAACCCUGACACAGACAAACAUGUAUAACAGUAGCUACUCACAGACUAAGUUUGGAAUGGACGCCAGAAAAAUCCACAGGUCCAAGAGUAAAAGUUGCGGCUACUACAUGCGGAUCAUCUUCUUCUUUUCCUCGCUGAUUCAGUCCCUCAUCAUCGUCAGCCUGGUGCUCUUCAUGGUGUACGGGAGGCCGGCGCAGUCCUCCGAGGAGAAGCGGGUGCAGGACCUGGGCCAAAGCUUCGAAACGCUCAACGCGGAGAACGAGAUGCUGCGCCAAAAGACCAGCAACCUCACGCAGCUGCUCAACCAGACCAUGACCAAGCUGCUGUCAGAGGGCAAGGACCUGAGGAGGCUGCGCGAACUGGCCAAUAUCUCCGCCUCGGCCAUCGUGUCUCUCAACUUAAAACUGGUGACGUGCGAGAUGGAGAAGAAUAAAGUGCCGCGCCUCCCCACCUUUCCGCUGCCCAAUCUUCAGGUGUCCACAAACGACAAAUUCAGCCUGCAGAACAGGAACCAGCAGCUGGAGGCCAUGCUGCGGCUGGUGGAGACCAACUUCACGCAGACGGUGCAACGGCUCAGCUGGGAGCUGGACCGGGUCGUGCGCGACCGCGACGACCUCCGGCUGAACGUGAUUGGGCUGCGGCGCAAUGCCUCCGCGCUCGAGCGCCGGCUAGAGAUGUACGGCCGCAAGUGCAAGGACGACUUCGUCAAGUCGCUGGAGGGCAUCCAGUCCGUCACCAAGGCCUUCCUCACCCGCAUCGACGGCCUGUUCCCCAGUGUCUUCCCCUUCCAGCUCACCUGCGACAAGCAGAAGGAGCAGCUGGACCAGAUGCGCGCCAACUGCAGCAGCCUGUCCAGGGAGGUGGAGAACAAGUUCCAGGCGUACCUGAACGUGGUGGGGGACAGGGUGACGCAGAUCCAGGGGGACAGCAGCCAUCUGAAGGUGCAAAACCAGCUGCUGCAGGAGGAUGUGCUGUGGUGCACGCAGAACCGCACCGCGGCGGCGUCCGAGGGAGCCCGCAGGCUGCAGGAGGCGCAGAGGAAGAACGAUGAGGAGGUGGAGAGGCUGCUGAGGGAGCAGAGGAAGCUCAGGGAGGACAGGGAGCUGAAGGAGCAGAUGCUCUCCGUGAAGAACAGCCAGAUAGCCAUGCUCAACAGCAACAUCCAGGGCCUCAACUCCUCACUGGCACAGUGCCUCGGCAGGCAACCUGCGCUGAAAUUCCCCAUGCAGUUCCCUGGAGGGACGUCCAACGUACAAAAUCCUUUCUCCAGACCGGGCAGUACUUCUGUGGGUGGGGCAGGGGGUGUCAAGCCAGGGAACCCUCUGCUGGGAAUAUACACCCCAGGGGGGGUUAAGCCAGGAUCGAGCAUCACAGGCCCCAGUCUACCCAAUCUACCCAAUCUACCUAACUUCCUGGAUUUAACCAAAACAGGAACGGGUGCAGUAAACCCCGACCCGGUGAUGAGGCAUGUGAAGGAGCUGCAGGAGAUGGCAAACAAGGGCUCUGGAGUGUCAGGGUAAUUCCAGGAGUCGCGUCACACAAAAUGAAGAACCAGCUCAUGCGGCUCUUAGCGGCCCCCCACCCCCCCACCGCUGAGCAUCACGCCAUCAUCGCUGGUCUUCCAGAACUUUCAACUGAAGGGACUGAAAAACCUCCUACUGCUUCCUACACGGCCCUCUGUAAAUGCAUGCAAGACUCAUAUAACUUAACAAACAACUUAAACAACUACAUAUUGUAAACAGAAAUGUAUUUGAUGUAUAUAAUUGUAUAAAAAGAAGUGUAUUUUUAUUAUGGGAAA